AUGGCUCCUGCAAACUUCAAGACCUACGAGUCUCAGGCUCGCCUGCUUCGUGCCAUUGUGGCCGCCCACUCCGAUGUCAAAUGGAACUACAAGGAUAUCCAGAAGUUCUACGGUUCGGAUAUGACCAAGGACGCUCUCAUCCAUCGGUUCAGAGCUCUGAAGAAUCAGGGACAUGUCCUUCGGCAGGUCGAUGAACAGAACGUAGACUGCAAGGCUAUUCCCGUGGAUCUCCCCAAGGAGAAGAAGGAGAUUGCCAAGUUCUUCGGCGAGUCCACCGCUGAUGGCAUCCAGUUCCAGUUCCGUGGCAUCAAGAAGGACGCAGAGUCCCUCAAGCAGACUGCCAACAGCGGCGGUAACCCCGCCUCUGCCUUGACCCUCACCGGCGGCACAAACAGCAAUGUUUCUACUCCCCGCAAGCCCCGUACCCCUUCCAGCAAGGUUCGCGCCUCGGGCGGUGGCCGUUCAACCACGGCCAAGAAGACCAUGCCGAUCAAGACUGAUCCUGUGACCGACGAUGAUGAUGAGGGUGAUGAUGCCGUCGACUAUAACGCGCUCGAGGACACUCCCUCCAAGACUCGCGUCCACAACGUCAUCGACGGCCGUGUGACGAAGAACAAAGCCGCUCCUCGCCGGAGUGCGACUCCCAGCCGCGCCGCUACUAUCGCCGCGGCUGCAACCAUUACACAAUCUGCUGCCGUCGACCUCACCACCUCCGACAGUGAGGUAGACACCCCCAACAACAUUUCGGGCUACGAGCUCCCUACCAUCGUCGAGGCCAAGCCUGCUGCCGUCCAGCACCCGUCCUUCGAGGAGGCUGUUGCUCAGAAUCAGACCAUCAUCCAGCCCGCUGCCAUGGCUAGCUUCACCGGAAACGACAGCUUCUCGCAGUCGAUGGAUGCGGCUAUCUUCAAUCCCGUCAACAACAUGAAUGACGAGCUCAACUUCAGUUUCGCCGAGAGCAUGGUGAACUCCAACGGCGGUUUCGACUCCUUCAUGGGCGCCGAAGGAGAAAUCUGA